GAAAAGAGGGGAGUUAAAAAAAAAAACAAAUUAGGAGGGAGAGAGGGUGUACGGAACGCCAACGAAACGAACCGAGGCCUAAUUGAAUCGAGCAUCGAUGAUAUCACUUGCCUUUUUUCUAGCUCCGAUUCGCAUAUUGCUCUGCAAAUUCUCAAUAUUUAACGAUUUUUUCACUCCCAAACACCAACAAAACAGAAGGCCGACAGUCAGGGAAAGAAGAAAGGAAGGGAUGAUUACGCGAUCGAAUUUAGCAGAGCAGUUGAGAGAGUAUCAGAUUCGAUCUAAUCACGAUUGGGCCUCCAUUUCGAUUUUCACUUCGACGUCUAAUCUUACGUCCUCUAGGGUCGAUUUUGUGCUCUUCGUUAUAUGGGAACUUGUUAUUUUAGCUUUCCUGGUUUUCUCAGCUGUUUCUUUAUAUUUGAGGCAUAUGCAACUUGCCUUCGUCCUUGUAUGCAUCACAAUGCUAUUGCUUCUCUGCAUGAAAAUCACAAAGCAAAUUAGAUUGGCUAGGAAAAAGAAAAGAAGGAUGCUUCCUCCGUUAUCUAUGUAAAACUACUUGAAGCUUGAUUUUUUUUAAACAAAAAACUGACGAACUCGCGGGGUAAAUUUGAUACCUAUUGAUCACUACAUUUGGCUCAUGCUUACUGUGGUAAAAAGUAUGUAACUUGGCCGAAGGCUAGCUGAUGAUGGAAUAUAAUUUCGAUAUGAUCACCUCAAAAACCGGGGAACCAAUGGCGAGUCUAAUGAGUGGAGGUGGAAAGUGGGGGAUGUUCAAUUGGACUUGUAGCAGUUAACUUCAGUCUUCAAGGCACGGUUUGGAUCUCACCAACUUUUCGAAGAUCCGAGAAACUAAAUUUCAAAUGCUGAUCCAGGUGGGAAUGUAGUAAACAAUAUUUGCUUUAUUUUGUAAUGUGUUUAGACUUGGUUGUAGCCUAAAAGACAACAUGGCCACAUAGGAUAGGAGUGGAUGCUUUGAGUGACUGAAACAUUUUUGCAUGUAUGAUGUACCCGUAAAGUUAAUUUUCAACAGAUCAAUAGCAUACGUUGAAUGAAGAGUUAAAUUCCCCACUGUUAAAUU